GGCCUCUUCUCUGCCACACGACGACACGAGGACGCAGCAACGGGAAGCACCCAAACGACCGACCAGGAAAUUGAACUAGCGGCCCACGAAACUCCGGCCCCCCCUUCGCCACCUCGGAACGGAACCCUAGCCGCCCCGUCCAUCCGCCCGUCCGCCCUCGCCCAUGGAUAUCGCCGGAGACAGGCGCCGAUAGCGAUACGCAAAGGAGUACGUCCGUUGACCUUGUUAAUCCCGACGCCCGUACCCGAGGCGUGCGGUGUGGCGCGGGGGAGGAGAAAGGGAGAAGGGAAGAAGCGAGUGGGAGAGGCGGGCGGGGCGCGAUGUCGGUGCGGAUCAAGGCGGUAGUAGACCGGUUCGUGAAGGAGCUGCAGGAGGCGCUGGACGCGGACAUCCAGGACCGCAUCAUGAAGGAGCGCGAGAUGCAGAGCUACAUCGAGGAGCGCGAGCGCGAGGUCGCCGAGCGGGAGGCCGCCUGGAAGGCCGAGCUCUCCCGCCGCGAGGCUGAGAUUGCACGGCAAGAAGCCAGGCUGAAGAUGGAAAAGGAGAAUUUAGAGAAGGAAAAGAGCGUCCUCAUGGGAACAGCAUCCAGCCAAGACAACCAAGAUGGAGCCCUUGAGAUCACUGUCAGUGGUGAGAAGUACAGGUGCCUCCGUUUCUCCAAGGCGAAGAAAUGAGAGGUGGACUGGCACUGAACUGGACCAACACAUGCUCUGUAGUCAGUGCUGGAAUAUAGCCACAUAGUCUUGCAAACCCUUAUUUUGAUUCAGAUAUUAUUCUUUUUCCUUGUACAGGAAAUCCUGGAAUGUUCCUUAAUAGAAUAGCAGAUACUUAUGCUAAAGCUGCCAUGUUUAUAUAAAUAUAAAAAAACUUGGCAGCUAGAACAGCUACAGUGGGAGGUAAUGAUAACUGAAGAUUGUUGCUA